AUGGUGCGUCAAUUCACUGGAAAAAAGCCGAUUCUGGAGAAGUCCUUGUGUGCCCUGAUUUCUGCUACUUUGAACGUGACCGGCGACGAAGGCUCGUCAUCUCGUUUCAAGUCCACGUCGCCCAGACGUACCGAGAAUUGGCGAGCUGCAAAACUACAUAAAGUUGUUCAAUUGAUUGCAUUUUAUAGGAUGUUGACAAAACAUAAUAAUAUUGAGUACCCAUAA